GCAGUCUUCUAAAUAACAUUCCGAUAGAUAACAAUUUAUUUUAAUUUGAAAAUUUUAAAAAUGAAAAUCAUUGUGGGGCUGUUUUCUAUCACUGUUCUGAUUUGGAACCUUGUAACCCUCACAGCGGCAGCAAAAGUCCUCACAGAAAAACCUGGAUUCCUUACAGCCUGCAAAAGAUCUGAUCCUGCGUUUGGAAAGUGUUUUGCUACAAAUCUUCAAAAAUGUUUGCACGAAUGGAAAUCAGGCGUUCCCGGUCUUAAAACACUCGGUUCACUGGACCCGCUGCACAUCAAGCGUGCCAAAUUUAGCCAGGGUGGUAAGAAUGACAUUAUUUCCAUAGACAUGGAUUUGGCUAAUGUGGAACUAAUGGGUUUAAGCGAUGUUAUUAUCGAAGACAUAGGAUCCAAUGGCAAUAAUUUGGACAUAAAAUUCAAACUGACGGCCCCCAAUUUCAAAUGGAAUGGUGAUUAUGCCAUGAAAGGAAACAUUUUAAGCUUGGCAUUGGACAGCAAGGGCAAAACUUUUAUGGCAUUUGAAAAGCCCACCUUCACCCUGAACUACAAGAUGAAAUUACGUAAAGAAGGUGAUUAUGAAUUUGCCGAUUUGGAAAAACUACAUCUGGUGUGGGAAGAUAAUGCCAACGUGCAAUUCCGCUUGGAAAACCUCUUCAAUGGCGAUAAAGCUUUGGAGGAUAGUGCUCACACUUUGCUAAAUGCAAAUUGGCGACCAAUCUUUGAGAAUCUACGACCUGUAUUGAGUCAAACCAAUGAAAUUGUUUUAAAAGACAUUCUAAACAAGAUAAUGGCCUAUGUGCCGGCAAACUAUUUUUUCGACGAAUGAAAAUUGUUUAAAUAAUAAAAAGAGAGAAAACAA